AUGGUAUAUUUUCUAGGGAUGGAGACUUUGUACUCAAAGAAGGGUAUCAUUCUACAUCAGCUGAAGUAUGAACUUGAACUUCUGAAGAGAUUUAAGCUGCAGAAUUGUAAAAUUGUUGUUACACCAUCAAAAGCCAAUCAUAAAUUGGAUUCUGACUUUGAUGGUGAUUAUGUGGAUGCUACAACCUUCAAACAAUUGGUUGGUUCUCUAAGGUAUUUGUGUUAUACCAGAUCUGUUAUUUGUUAUGUCGUUGGAAUGGUCAGCAGAUUCAUGAGUAAACCAAAGUGGUCCCAUUACCAAGCUAUUGUCAGGAUUCUAAGGUAUAUUAAGGGAACGCUGAAGUAUGAAGUGUUAUUUCCUUCUAGAAAGAAAACAGAUUCAGAGUUGGUGAGUUACUCUGAUUCUGACUGGUGUGGAGAUAGAGUUGAUAGAAAAAGUACUUCUAGAUACUUGUUUAAGUUUCUGGGUGGUCCUAUUUCUUGUAGUUCUAAGAAGCAGCCUGUUGUGGCUCUGUCAACAUGUGAAGCUGGGUACAUUGCAGGCGCGGUAGCUGCAUGUCAAGCUGUUUGGCUUCUGAACCUAUUAGAAGAUCUGAAGGUUAAGAUAGAUAAACCUCUGAAGUUGAUGAUUGAUAACAAGUAUGAUUUGAUGAAUAGCAUACAUAUACGAAUCUCAACCUUAAAAUUUGGAUAUCGGAUCUAA